GUAAAGAUUAUUUUCAUGAUUUCCGAAUUACCUCCCAUGAUGACAUACUGAAACUGGACAAGAAAAGAUUACAAACUUUCAUCAAUUAAGCAAAAAUAAUGGAUGAACCAAUGGAAGCAGAAGCAGAUUCUACCCAGCCUGAUUUAGCACCAGACGAUGGCGACCAAAGAGUAAAGCACCACCCUCUCUUACGGCCAGGCAGCAUGGUGAUGAUGACAAUAACAACUGAGGAUUAUAGGACACAGUACUGGCCCAAACUGGAGGGAGCUAUAGAUCAGCUACUGAGCAUGACCCCUGGACAGUACAUACCUAUCUCAUAUGAACAAAUGUACAGCUGUGUUUAUAAAUGUGUCUGUAAGCAGUUCUCUGAGAAACUCUACACAGAUCUGAUGAACCACAUGGCUCUACAUCUCGAGAAACUGAACGAACAGCUGAAGUCUCUGAUGCGGGAUGAAGAACCCAAGUCUUUCAUUGAGAAGUUUUCCUUUAUUUUGAACCAGUAUUUACAAGCCUUAGGUGGCAUUGUCCCUAUUUUUAAUUAUAUGAAUAGAUUUUAUGUUGAAACCAAAUUGAAAACAGAUUUGAAUGAGGAACUGAAGAAAUUAUUUCAACAGCACGUGUUAGAUCAACAUAUAGAAUUCAUUUUGUCAUUAUUGGAAGAAGCUAACUCCAAACCAUUCACCAUAUCUCCCCCUACAAUGGCAAACACAGUGAAGAACAUACAUUCUGUAAAUCCAGACUAUGCAAAGAUAAAACCAAGUCUCUUCUCUCGAUUCCUCCCUACUGUUCUUCCUUCCACCUCGGUCAACGACUUGCCCUUUAACCAGUACAUCGCAGAAACUCGUCAGAUGCAGGAAGAGAUGAAAAUGUUACAGGAAUUCAGAGGGUGUGAUUUCAAACGGAAAAGAGCUGAUGAUGACGUACCUGUGAAGUGAGGAACAGUUGUUGGGAGCUUUUAAUUGACUGUGAUACUGUAGAGGAAGCCAGAGGGACUUUCUAUUUUGCUGUUGAAUUAAAUUGUAUGAGUGCUAUGUGACAUGUAUUUAAAUCACUCACAGUGUUGGAGUGGAAAAGUGACUUCCAUACCAUUCUUACACUGGAGUGAUUUCCCUUUAAUUUUUUU